AUGCAAUUGUUUUUGGUUGUAAAAGGUUUCACCAAUAUUUUAUAUGGUCAAAUUGUCAAGGUACAGACAGAUCAUAAGCCUUUAGUUUCACUGUUCAAAAAGCCUUUACAUUCGGUCCCUACUAGAUUACAGCGUAUGAUGUUAAAUAUUCAAUCUUAUCAUCUUGAUGUUGAAUAUGUCCCUGGUAAACUGAUGGUUUUAGCGGAUACAUUGUCAAGGRCUCCACUUCCAGACUUUAAUGARGACAAUAUARAUGAAGAAUUAAUCUUGCAAGUUCAAGCAUUUUCUGAAAACUUAGCCAUUGGAAAACAAUAUCUUGUCAAAAUAAAAAAUGAAACUUUAAAUGAUAUAGUAUUGCAGAAAAUUAAAAAUAUUUAUGAAAUUCAUGUGAUUGAUGACUUAGUCUUUAAGGUUUAUUGUUUAAUUGUACCUACUAAACUUAGAUCUGAUAUGUUAAAACUUAUUCAUGAAGGCCAUAUGGGUAUUGAACGCUGUAGAAAUCAAAUAAAAGAUGUAUUGUUCUGGCCAGAUGUUCGUUCCAGAAACGUUCCUCUGACCGGUCCUUUAAUUCGAGAAAAAGCCUUAGAAUUUGCUAAAAUGCUCGAAGUUGAGAAUUUCCAAGCAAGUGUCGGAUGGUUAAAUCGUUUCCGUGAGCGGUAUGGUGUGUUGUCCAAAUGCAUUUCUGGAGAGGCGAGUGACGUGCCAAUGAAUUCUGUUAACGAAUGGCGAAAUGGAGAAGUUGCUGCACUCAUCAAGAAAUACAACCCGGACGAUGUCUUUAAUGCGGAUGAAGCUGGAGUGUUUUUUCAGCUUGAACCAAAAAGGACAUUAGCCCUUAAAGGAGACAAGUGUGUAGGGGGUAAAGCUUCCAAACAACGCAUCACCGCUCUGUUCUGUUGUAACAAAUCGGGAACGGAGAAACGAAAAAUCCUCAUCAUUGGCAAAUCUGCAAAACCUCGUUGUUUUAAAAACUGUAAAUCAUUGCCAUGCAUCUAUAAAUUUAACAAGAAAGCAUGGAUGACCCAAAUAAUUUUUAAUGAUUGGUUGAUAGAUUUUGAUACAGAAAUGAAAAAGAAGAAGAGGAAAAUUCUUCUUCUUAUCGACAACUGCACUCCACAUAAUGCACCACCAAAAUUGGAUAACAUUCGUGUGGAAUAUUUCCCACCUAACUGCACAGCUGUACUUCAACCUCUUGAYCAAGGUAUCAUCAGAGCUAAAAAUAUCCAAAGAAAAUGCAAUGUGAAGGAAGCUAUCGAAUGGAUAUGCGGAGCUUGGGAUGAUAUCAGUCMAUCAACAAUAACUAACUGUUGGAAACAUGCAACCACAACCAAAGACGCCAAUUCUGUUUCAGAAGUGGCCGAAUAUGAUGAAUCAAAUACCCACGAUAUCCAACAAUCUGAGUUAGAGCAAAUUUGGAGCACUGCAAAAAAGAAAACGUCGCUUCCCKACGACGUGAAUUUAGAAGAUUAUCUUGGUGCAGAUGACAACGUUUCAACAUGUUAUGAACUAACCGAAGUAGACAUCGUUCAAUCCAUUAAAGACAGCAAAGAUGAGGCCACCGAUGAAAGUAGUGGAGACGAAGACGAAGAAGCUGUGAUGGGAAAUGAUGUGCGCAAUGUCACUUCAUCAGAAGCCUUAACAAGUUUGGAAGUAAUGCGAACAUUCAUUACAUCACAGAGUGAUGUACCAGACUUCAUCUUUACAAACAUUCACCAACUACAAAAUUAUUUACUUUCUAUUAAAACAGCAAACCUUGUUCAAAAGAAAAUUGUUGAUUUUCUAUAA